AUGAAGCGUCAAACGUACACGAGGGAGGAGCUCCUUGCACUGCGCGGGACACUGGCGCUGGGCUCGUUUCUAGACCCCGUGCCACUGGACUGUCCUAUGCGCACCGACAGCGACCUGACGCUGCUCCAAACAACCGUGCGGAAACGCAAGAAGGAGCAUCAGCAGCGGAUGCCAGUGCUGCAAAGGUCGGCUGCUGAUAGCGGGGCUGUCGGGGAAACAGAUGACCUGACGCGAGUUAACAACCUCCGAUCGGGAUUAAAAGAGUUAUCAAUUGCGCUGGGCAAUCCAAAUAGGGCCGGGGAAUACGCUGAUACCGAGGAACGUCGGCACACGGUUCUCAUGCCGCCGCGUCUGCAGACACCCUUCGUGGUCAUCGAUGCCAAGCGCAGACAUCGAAACGUUGCUAGUGUAGAUUACGAGAAGAAGACUGAGGUGAAUGUUGAUGCGGAGCGGAUGCUGGUGGCUCGGCUGCGUUUACGACAGCGAGCGCAGCAGGCGGAACGACCACCGAGCACUUUAGUUGAGGAGCCGCCACAGUGCGAGGAGAGAUCUGCCGGUAGCGUGGUAUUCGCCACGUCACCACCCACUGAAAUGGUCGCUGCCUCGCGCGCCACUUGGAUUACAGCCGCUGAGCCGGUUCAGCUGAAAAUGAGUGCACUGCAGCACCUGGAGGCGGGCACCGCCGUGCCCGUUUUGAACUUCUCGCUUUUUAAUUCCGCCUUCGGGAGUCGCUACUUACACUUCACACGCUCCUUGGGCCUGUGGCAUUACCUCUCUGGGGCACUGGGGACGCGCUACCCGCAUUUCCUUGGUCACGAUGCGGGUGCGAGGCCGCGGGCCGGCGACACAAGCAACAGCACCAGCAGCUGCAGCCCCAAUGGAAAAGAGAGUUCGAUCGGACUAGACGACUCCGAAACGAUGCCUGUUGGCGGGGAGAAGAGUGACAGUGAUAUUGCGGCGGCGUUGAAGAAAAAGCGACCUCAUCGGAGACGCACGAAUCGGACGCAUGCGGAAAAACGAGAACACCGUCAGCUUCAGCAGAUUCGUGCAGGGCGGACAGACAAUGGUGGGUGUGGUGUAUGA